AAUAUCAGCUGACCCCAAGCAUCACAGAGAACGGUAGAUGCGUUGUAUAUUGUAUACGUAAAUAACACGACAGGUUGUAUAGUGAGCAGCUCUCUCCUCGGUAGACGACGGAUGACAAUGGUAGACUUAAAGACAAACGUCAGUUUCGCGUGUCAACGAUGUUUACAGCCGUUGAAACUAGAUUCGAGUUUCGAUCGUCUUGGGGAGCACACUCUCGCAGAACUCUCACUUCCUAUACAACAACAAGUUGUCGGAGAAUUAGAACCCCAGAGUGACAGUAUAGAACACUUAGUUCCACCAUUCAGAUUGACUGAAUCAGGAAAUGGUACGAAUGGAUUUAUGUUAGUUGGUGAUUCAGGUGAAACAGAAAGCUUAAGUCAUCAUUUAAAGGUGCGAGCAACAUUAUUUGACAUUCUCAGCAGUAGUAGUUCAGCAGAUCAUCCACUUUGUGAUGAAUGUACCGAUAGUCUUUUGCUAUUAAUGGAUCAGCAAUUACGAAUGACAGAAGGAGAAUGGUCAGAUUAUAAUCAGUACCUGAAGAAACUGGAAAUUGAACAGCAAUAUCAAGGACAUGAAGAUGUAGAGAUGGAUAAUCUUACAAAAGAAUUGCAGGAUGUAAAGGCUGAGGAAGAAAGAAUGAUAAGAGAAUUAGAGGCACUAAGAAAAGAGGAGAUAGCCACUAAGAAUGCCAUAACAGAACAGGAAAGAGAAAGAGAGAGAUUACAAAGCGAGGAGGAUAGGUAUUGGAAAGAAUAUUCCAAGCACAGAAGAGAUCUCAUGUUAGCUGAAGAUGAAUGUCGCAGCCUGGACAAUCAACUGGCAUACGCAGCUUCUCAACUAGAAAGAUUGAAAAAAACAAAUGUUUUCAAUGCCACAUUUCACAUCUGGCAUUCGGGCCACUUUGGAACCAUAAAUUCGUUUCGAUUAGGACGAUUGCCGAGUGCGCCAGUGGAUUGGAGUGAAAUAAACGCCGCGUGGGGACAAACGACUCUUUUGCUAGUUGCUCUAGCGCGUAAAAUGAAUUUAACGUUCAAACGCUUUCGUUUAGUGCCGUUCGGCAAUCAUAGUUAUAUCGAGGCAUUAGAUCAAAAUAAGGAGCUUCCAUUAUAUGGAAGCGGAGGUUUCAAAUUUUUAUGGGAUACGAAAUUCGAUGCAGCUAUGGUGGCGUUUCUGGAUUGUUUGCAACAGUUUAAGGAACAAGUGGAAAAAGGAGACAGUGGAUUUUGUUUGCCAUACAGGAUGGAUCGUGGUAAAAUUGAAGACUCUGCGACAGGCAAUUCGUAUUCCAUUAAGAUACAAUUCAAUUCGGAAGAACAAUGGACUAAAGCCUUAAAGUUCCUACUAACAAAUUUAAAAUGGGGUCUUGCAUGGGUUAGCUCUCAAUUUACAAAAGAUGAACUGAAUAUUAAUUGAAUGUCAGUGCUUGUAAAAUUUUGCGUAACUUUAAUUAUGCAACUAUCCCAUAAUUGCUUGUGUAUAAAUGCUCUAUUUGUAAAUAAACGCGGUUGAACGA